GUACACAUGCUGGACAUCGAAUGCUUUUCCUUUCUUAACCGGGCACUGGAGGACGACAUGGCUCCAGUGGUAAUAGUAGCCACCAACCGCGGCAUCACACGUAUCCGAGGCACCCAGAAUAUGUCCCCCCAUGGCAUACCCAUUGAUAUGCUCGACAGGAUGAUCAUCAUCAAGACAUCUCCCUACCAGGAAAAGGAGAUCAAGGAAAUCUUGAAAAUCAGAUGUGAGGAAGAAGACUGUGAGAUUCAGGACGAGGCAUUGGUAGUUUUGACAAAGAUUGGCGUGGAGACAUCUCUUCGCUAUGCCAUCCAGCUGAUCACAUUGGCCAGCCUUGUUGCCAUCAAAAGGAAAGAAAAACAGGUAACAAUACCAGAUGUAAAGAAGGUGUAUCAACUCUUCAUUGAUGAACAGAGGUCCCAGAAAUUCCUGAAGGAGUAUGAAGAUGAAUUCAUGUUUGAUGAAGGAACAGACACAAUGAUGGAGACAAGCUGAAUCUUCAAAGUGAUGUCAUGGAUCAUGAAUCUAGAUAGUUUUUUGUGGGCCUCUGCAAGCCACUGGUAGUUCUAGUUUACUUAUGGGUGUGAACUUGUCUAAACCAUCAAUGGAUGAUUUAAUAUGUUAGUUACUGUACUGUAAGCAAGAUCAUCAUUCUAAGUAAGCUCACUAGUUUCAUUACAUGCUUAUAUGCCAGCAGGUCCAUUAUUUUUUAUGGGGGAGGUUUAAGUUGGGGCUGCUACUUAUCUGUAUCUCCGACACUCUGUUUCCUCAAAGGAACUCCUUUUUAAGGGGAUGGGUACAGCAGUUGUGUAUCCAACCAUUACUGUUAUGGCAUUCACCCACAGGACACUUGAUCCCUUGCCUAUCAACUCUCCAACACUGAUCUAUUUCACUGACCACUGAAACCCUUGCUCAAUUCUGCCUUCAUAUGCUCAUUUCACAAAACAGUCCCCAUUGAUUCUCAUCAAUCUUUUCUUCAUUUAUAGUCAAUCGUCUCCCAUUCUUGAGGUUGGACUUGCGAUGAUCCUUCUCCAUCUUGCUCAGUCCAGUGCUAAUCCUUACUCUAUUUUUAACACAUCCAAGUAUUGUUGUACUGUUCCUCCCCAUGUUCAGUCUGCCCAUCCAUCUCUCCCCUGCACUUUAUCUAUUACUCUUCAGUAAAAACAAACUAGAUUUGUGACACAAGAUUUACCUUGUCUGAAUCCAAAUUGACUUUCCUGUAUUAUGUUCUCUCUUUCCAGAUGUUCCACCCACUGUCUUUUAAUUACCUUCUCACACAGUUUGCACAUUACACUUGUUAGGGAAACCGGUCUAUAGUUCACUGGCUGUUGCUUAUUUCCGCUCUUAUAUAGUGGGACUACAUGUGCCCUCUUCCAUUGCUCUGGGACCUCAAUCUUGAUCCCUUCAACAUGAGGACGCGUAUACUGCGUCCUGGCUCGCUUUAGCCAGCACAUGAGUUAUUUCAUCCCGGAUAUUGUACGAUUGUUUUUAGGAUGUAGGUCGGAUAUGAUACGGUGUCUUAUUUGACUUUCAAUGUUAUUGUGUAAUAACGUAAGUGUAUCUUGCGCGCAUUUGUACAGAAGCCCUCCGCCAUUCAUGGCCACACUGUUCAUGGAUUCGCUUAUAUGCAGGUAGGGUAUUUGCGACACCUCCCGCCGAACGCAGAUGAAAACUCUCGUAUACGCGGUCUGUAGCGCCCAGCUCGAAUGUUGUGCAAUGUAAACAAAGAAACCGUCCCUGGGGCUGGAUUUUGGGCUGGAUGUACGGGACUGUCUCUUUCUAAAGGAAACUUACUUAUUUUUGCUUUCUAAACAUCAAAAUUCGAUUUAAGUGUCAUAUUCAUACAUGGAAGGCCACAGUGCUAUUCGCACCACGUAUUUCCCCGUGGGUCUGACGUUUGGCUGACAGGAUCAUGGUGGUUAAGAACCACGGUUAUCCUACGUGCACUGUAGUGAAAACUCAUUAAUAUGGGACACAGAAAACAUAAUUAAUAAAACUGGAAUAACUUUA